AAUGGCGAUUUGUUUAGAACGAUUAAAUACCAAACUUCCUGCUAUGACUUUAAGCCAUUGGCAGUAAACUCCUCCCUCUGGAGUUGCUCUGCUGUCAUGCAUCGGAAUGACACAACCAGAGUGCGGUGUGAUGCGGAGGAGCUGAAGUUGGUAAAGACAUUUUCAAGGUGGAUAUUACACGUUAAGGCGGCUUAAUUCGCCCAUGGUUCGUUAGGAGAAGACUCACUCUUGAUGGAAAGGGUAAAGCGGAAAAAAGGGAGACAAAUCUCCGCUCAACCGCCAAACAGAGGGCUCGCGGGGCUCCUUGUUUGAGAGGAGGGGGGGAGAAAUGUAGUUUACCGCCGAGGGAAAGUCGCAACAUGUAGAAGGAAAAGCCGCCACUGCGACCCAAUCCGGACACCCACCUCGAUAUGUCUAAUGUUGUGACGCCGAGUAAGAGUGUGGAAUGGCUGCAAAUGGAGUUGGAGUGCGGCGCCACUUCUGUGCUCCUGCUCGACUGCCGAGCACACGAGCUCUUCGAGUCGUCUCACAUCGAGGGCGCCAUCAGCGUGGCCAUCCCUGGCCUCAUGCUCCGCAGGUUCAAGAAGGGCAACAUCCCCAUCCGGACCAUCAUCCCGAACCACGAGGACAAAGAUAAGUUUACACGCCGGUGCCAAACAGACACGGUGGUCUUGUACGACGAGAGCACAGUCGGCUGGCCGGACAGCGGAACCCCGUCAUCAGUUUUGGGUCUGCUUCUUCAAAAACUGUGGGAGGACGGUUGUACAGCUCACUACCUGGAAGGGGGAUUUGUAAAAUUUCACACAGAGUACCCAGAACACUGUGAGACGCUCCUUGACAGCUCCUGUCCAAGCUCCUCUCCUCCGCUGGGUUUUUUGGGCUUUGGAAAUCUACGGAUAAGCUCAGACUGUUCAGACGGGGAAUCUGAUCGUGAACCCAGCAGUGCCACCGAAUCAGAGGAGAGCCCCCUCCCCAGUAACCAGCCUGCCUUCCCGGUCCAGAUCCUUCCUUACCUUUACCUGGGCUGUGCCAAAGACUCCACCAACUUAGACGUGCUGGGCAAAUACAACAUCAAGUACAUCCUGAACGUUACACCCAAUCUCCCCAACAUGUUUGAACAUGACGGACACUUCAGGUACAAACAGAUCCCCAUUUCGGACCACUGGAGUCAGAAUCUGUCCCAGUUCUUCCCAGAGGCUAUAUCAUUUAUAGAUGAGGCUCGUUCCAAGCAGUGCGGCAUCCUGGUCCACUGUCUAGCCGGUAUCAGCCGCUCGGUUACCGUCACUGUGGCCUACUUGAUGCAGAGACUUAACCUGUCGCUCAACGAUGCUUAUGACUUUGUCAAGAGAAAGAAAUCUAACAUUUCCCCAAACUUUAACUUCAUGGGUCAACUGUUGGACUUUGAGCGGACACUGGGCCUGCACAGUCCCUGUGACAACCGCUCCACGAGUGACGAGCAGCUCUUCUUUACCACGCCAACCAAUCACAAUGUCUUUCAGCUGGACACACUGGACUCAACAUGAGGAUGUCUCAUGUGGACGUUUGGUGGUGGCGCUUUGAGUUUGUCAGCUUCCUGGCUGGCCGACAGACAUCAGCAGUAACGUCUCUGCAGUACGUAUGUCUCUACUUAACCUGACACAGCCUGUUUGAGUCAGUGUUUGAUGCCUUAUGAUGUAACACAAGGAUGAUAUUGUUAAUCAAUACAUGACAUUAUUAGAUAGUCAUGUGCCGCCAUAAUAGCAGGACAUGUUGAAAUGUUUCUGUUGGAAUUGCUGUUUGACUGUUAAUUGUCCUUCACCAGCUAAAAAUCUUUUCAUAUCAAUAACUAUUUCUGCUUCUGUGGUUUUAACAGGAGUUUUUGUCCAAUCGGAAUGUUUUGUAAGCUGAGAGAAAUAAGCUACUUCAGCUAUCCAGCCUUGAAUUUCUAUCCAGCGCGUUAAUUCUGGGUGAGCAGCUCUUGUGCAAUAGAAACCAGCACAGAGACUAGUGGGUGAUGUUUUAAGUCAGGUUGUUCUGACUUAUGUUGGCGAACAACAGGAAGUUACGUUUAACUGGCUGCAUCCUGCAAAAUUAAACCGAUAGCAGAUGUAUUAUUUUUCUGCUGCUUCCAGCUAAAUUCUUUGCAUGAUUGUUGUCUUUUUAACUUUGACAACAUAAAAUGUACUUCUGUGUCAAUUACUAUACUAAGGUAUUAUGUAAGGAUGGCCUUUAGGCACAAUAGACAGCCAACAAACGUAUGCAAUCACACAGCCGAUGGCGGUGAGUCUCGUUUUAAACUCCCGACAGUUUUCAGUCUGGAGCUCCUCCUUCUGUGGCAUCAAGGGAAAGCGUGAUGGCACGUAAUUAGCUGUCUAUUUGCCUCCUGGUCUCCCAGCUAACAAGCGUGUCUGACACAUUAGAAUGAGUGAAAGUUUGAUUAAUGUGUUCUUACCUCACUCGAAAGACUUUUUUCAGGGAUUUUUUGUACAAGGCAUCUGUAACAUGUCAUGGCAUCUCAAAGUGCAUCUAAGGGCUUUAUCGCUUGCUAUGUUUGUAUAGAAUUUGUUACGGGGGACCUUUUUUUUUCUGAAAUAAUGAAGGAUCCAAAACUGACCUGAUUCUGACCCUUAUAAGGUAUAUAUGGAGUAUGUAUAACUGAAAUGUCCAAGGUAUUCUGUACAAGUUUAUAUAACAAAUACAGUAUAUUGUAUAUUUUUAC